AUGGGCCACAAAGCCAGACUCCCAGCGGGGACACAAGUGUUCCACAUAAGCUGCGUCGUUGGUUCCCUGACGCCCAUCACUGGGAAAGCCGAGCCCCCAAGUGCCUGCAGAGCCCACCUGGUGCAGGCCUCGCCGCCUCGAGGCUGCUGCUCACACUUGUGCACCUUCCCCCGACUGGGCCCGUGUCCCUUGAGGCCACACCACACCCAUUCAUUUUUCCACACUCUGAGCUGUGCCUCCCAAGCCCAGGGCAGCCAGGCUUGGCAGAGCCUCUGCCUUGAGGCCAGCAUGCCCAAUGGCCCCUUUGAGAGGAUUUCCUGGAGCUUCCUGUCUGAGCUUCCUGGCCUGAGGGCAUUGGGAAGGAGCCUGCAGAGCUGGAGGUCAGCGGGUGGACGGGUCACGCUGUCCUGGCUUUUGGAGUGUGGAGCCGGAGCGGGUGGGACAGGUGACCUGCUGCUGGGGUUGGUGGUCCCUGCUGCAGGGAAGGGGCAGCUGGUGUGA